CCUAUACCUACUGGGCAUUGGUGACUUCAUUACUUUUAUAAUAUUAUUAUGAAUUGUGAUAUAGAUUAUACGUAAGAAAAGUGCGUGUACUUAUACAAUAUUAACAUAAUAAUAUAUAAUACAUGUGCAUACGUGUUUUACUCGAUUUAUUUGUCUAUUAUUAAUUCAUAAUUUACCGUUAAGUUGGGAAAACAUUUUUGCAACAGGCGUACUUAAAUAAUUUUUGAUCGUUUCGUGAAUAAAAGUGCAUAAAAAUUACAACGAAUUCCGUGCACGUAGAUAAUACGAUGGCCGAGCAGCAAACAGUGCAAACCGUCAACGAAGAUUUACGCAAUGAACGUACAAAGUGCACCUUUAAUCAGGAGGAGCUAACGAAUUUCAUUGAUGGCGGCGUGGAGAAUACCGAUAAUAGACGAAAAAUCGCGAAAUUUUUCUUAAGCGAUACACGAUUUAAGGACGAAGUGCCCGUGGAGUACCUAAGUCACAAAGAACAUUACGAACAGUCAAUUCGGAAAGCUUGCAUUUUUUUCCAGAAGAUCAAAGAAUGGGAGGAGAUUUCAAAUAGCAACACGUUAGAGAUUUACAGGUGCACUGAACUUGGACAUGGRACUUUUAUUCGGGGGUUAGAAACGACGUGCACUUAUGAUCCGGAUAACGAAGAGUUUAUUUUAAAUAGUCCGACAUUGACAUCUUACAAAUGGUGGCCAGGCGGACUUGGACACAGUUGUAACUACGCAAUUGUUCUCGCUCAACUUUACACUCAAGGUAUACACCGUGGGAUACACCCUUUCGUUGUUCAAUUAAGGGAUUCUGAAACAUGGAUGCCGAUGCCUGGAAUYAAAAUUGGUGAAAUCGGCAGUAAAAUGGGAAUGAACUCAGCAAACAAUGGAUACUUGGCGUUUAAUAACGUUAGAUUGCCUCGAAUGCACAUGUUAAUGAAAAAUUCUAAAGUCCACAAGUUACAUGCUAUGGCUUGUUGUCUGAAAGCUGUCGGAACGGCCGAUGCGUCUGUUAGCGUGACAUCUUGUCGUUUGGCGUGUGGAGGUCAUGGAUACAUGAACUGCAGCAAUCUGCCGAACAUCUAUUCACUGUCUACUGCAACAGAAACUUAUGAAGGCGAAAACACAGUACUGCUUUUGCAAACCGCGAGAUUUUUGAUGAAAUCGUACGAAACCGUGCAAAUGGGAAACAAAGUGUCUACGUCUGAAACCCUGUCAUACUUGGAAAAAUACAACAGCUUAAAACAAUCGUCUUGGACGACGACAUUAGAUUGUAUGGUCAGUGCGUUUUUCCAAGUCGCCGGAAGUAAAAUCGAGGACUGUUACUUCACCAUUAAACGACUGUUGGAUUCUGGAACGGCUCAAGAAGAUGCUUGGAAUCAAACAUCCAUUAAACUUACUCAARCUUCUGAACAUUCCAACCUAAAACCCAACGAUGUACAAUCAAUACAACAUUUAUUAGAAGACUGUUUGAAACGUAUUAGACCCAACGCAGUAGGUCUAGUAGAUAGUUUUGAUAUUCAAGACGAAAUAUUGGACUCUGCAUUAGGCUGCUACGACGGAAACGUAUACGAACGGCUUUUGUCAGAGGCCAAUAAAAGCCCUCUGAACAAAGAACCAGUGAACCGCUCAUUUGGGCUGUAUUUGAAACCGUUUUUAAAAUCCAAUAUGUAAAUCAAAUCCAUUAUUCCAGCAGCGUUUUUAAUAAUAUCUAUGGAGAAAAUAUAAUUGA